AUGAUGCUGCGUGCAGCGUAUCGUGUCGCUUUACAGCGGCCACAAUUGUUGGUCUCUCGCCGCUUGUCAUUUCUGGCAGCAUCUGAAGUCAUUGCAGGAGAUCGUGCAUUAGAAGAUGAAAAAUGGAUCCGCCUUAUGCGACAGACGAGUCGUCUCGAGUCAUCCAUACUACUGCCUUUGAAUGAGAAGCUCUUGGGACCAUUAGACCGCAAACAUCGCGAGGAAAAACUGCCAUCACUGCCUUUUGUGUUCCUAUUAGGUAAUCAUUCAUCUGGCAAAUCUUCUUUUAUUAAUUAUCUGCUGCAGCGGGACGUGCAGUCUACAGGCGUGGCGCCUACAGAUGACGGCUUUACUAUCAUCGCCCCAGGCCAUGAGGAUCUGGAUCAGGAUGGACCGGCGCUCGUGGGUGACCCAGAUCUGGGCUUCUCUGGUCUGCGAGUCUACGGGCCUGCGCUGAUUCAGCGUACGCAGCUUAAGGUCCGCAAGGGCAUCCAGGCUAAAUACAUGCUCGUGGACAGUCCUGGCAUGAUUGACUCGCCGCACAGCCCGUCGCACCUGUCGCAGUUCAAUAAUAAAGACACCAAUGGACGACUAUCGUCUCAACAGCAGAACAGCAUGAAUUUUAAGGGACAUGACUCGGACAGAGGAUACGAGUUCCCAGAAGUCGUGCGCUGGUACGCCGAGCGUGCCGAUGUGAUUCUGCUCUUCUUUGACCCGGACAAACCCGGUACGACAGGCGAGACGCUGUCCAUCUUGACGCGAUCAUUGGCUGGCAUGGACCAUAAAUUGCACCUUGUGCUGAAUAAAGUGGACCAGUUUCGCAAGAUCCAUGACUUCGCACGUGCCUAUGGAUCCCUGUGCUGGAACCUGAGCAAGGUCAUCCCGCUAAAGGAUCUGCCGCGUAUCUACACCAUGUGCAUCCCUACAAAAGACAACCAGUUGCAGCCAGCAGAGGGUCUGGGUGCAUCCAUGAAGGACUUGGAUGCAAUGCGUGAUGAAGUGGUGAGCGAGGUACAGCGCGCUCCAGAGCGCCGGGUGGACAAUCUUAUCACGAAUCUGUACGACUCGUCGCGGCUGCUAAAGAUGCACGCUGAGAUAUUCGAAGACCUCCGUGCUCGGCAUGGUAGUGAGAAAUGGCGGCGUUCAGCUCUUGUUGCUGCUACAUUCGUGGGAGGCAAUGCUUUGGCAGGUUCAGCGCUAGCGGGCGGUGUCCCCAUUGAAGCUGCGGCGGGACUAUCUGUUGCUUGUGUGCUAAUGUCUGCCGGUAUAGUGUGGCACAACUCGACAGUGAUGGCUCAACUCGAGCGCGACCUGCUGCACGAGGACUCGCUGAGUGAGCUGUUCCGUCGUCGCUAUGGCCGUCAGCUAGCAGAAGGAGAUGAGUACGUGCUGUCUUUGUGGAAGCGCGUGCUGCCGACACUGCAGGUAGCAGCGCAAACGCUAGGCUUUAGCAGGUUGCCCAAACUCAAGAACUCUGAAAUUGCUGCACUCGACAACAUCGUGAACAAGGAGAUCCCGGAAUUGCGUCGGCAGUGUGCUCCUUCGGACAGCAGUCUAGCCCACCAGGUUGCCAAGAUGUUUCGCAGCUAA